AGAGGAGGAGGCGGAGGAGGAGGAGCCGGGCGGGGGCGGUCGCCGCGCGUCCCCUCCCCGCCGUACACGCCGGGGCUUCUCAGUGGCCGCCGGAGGAGGAAGUUCCGCUCCCUGACAGACCCGUGCGGUAGCAACAGCGGCGGCGGCCGCGGUGGCUGGCCGGGCUCAGGUACUCCGGAGGCGAUUGCCCUUCGCGCCAGCCGUCGAGUGGGCAGCGCCGGAGCUCAGCCGGGCGCCGGGCUCCUGCCGGGCAGCGCAGGGAAGCGCAGGCGGCCGAGAACUCCUUCCUGCGACUUCGCCCAGCGCUGCUGCCUCGGCUUCCCGGCGAGGUGGGAGACCGUCCUCCCUGUUCGCAGAGGUCCGUGGGAGACCCUCAUUUUUUCCACGGCGGAGGUGAAGAGAUUCUGGAAUAGAAGCGUCGAAGGAGAUCAAGUGAACCUUCCACAGUUCCUCGGAUGUCGCGAGGCUCCCUUUCGGGGCGGAAGACUACAUUGGUGCAUCUCACUGAGGUGCAGGAAUGGAAGGACCCACCUUGCAGCUUUUCUGCAGUGUGGCUUGCCUGAUCUACCCCUAGGAAAGAAGAGAAGGCUUGUAAUAACCCGAUGAAGCACACAUGUUACAGAGGAUGUCGCCGGUCAUAAACUUGUGAUCUUUUAGGGGAGGUCACACAUGCUUCUGAGUGGAAAUGGGCGUGAAAGAGGUGCCCACUUAAAAAGCACAACAGUCCUUUAAGAGGAGCGAAAUUGAGUUUUCCCAUUUCUGCCAAGAUUUUGAAGACAGUUCAAUGUAUUGUACAUUUGGUGUAAGAUGAGAACUUUCUAAAGUAUUCUGUCCAAGAGCGUAAACGAUGACUACCCCAGCCCUGCUGCCCCUCUCUGGACGUAGGAUACCACCUCUGAACCUGGGGCCACCCUCCUUCCCACAUCACAGGGCUACCUUGAGACUUUCUGAGAAGUUUAUUCUUCUCCUUAUCCUUAGUGCCUUCAUCACCCUGUGUUUUGGGGCAUUCUUUUUCCUUCCAGACUCUUCAAAACACAAACGCUUUGAUUUGGGUUUAGAAGAUGUGUUGAUUCCACAUGUAGAUGCCGGUAAAGGGGCUAAAAACCCUGGAGUCUUCCUGAUCCAUGGACCCGAUGAACAUAGACACAGGGAAGAAGAAGAACGUCUGAGAAAUAAAAUUCGAGCUGAUCAUGAGAAGGCCUUGGAAGAGGCAAAAGAAAAAUUAAGGAAGUCAAGAGAGGAAAUUCGAGCAGAAAUUCAGACAGAGAAAAAUAAGGUAGUCCAAGAAAUGAAGAUAAAAGAGAACAAGCCACUGCCACCAGUCCCUAUUCCCAACCUUGUAGGAAUAAGUGGUGGAGACCCAGAAGAUAAUGACAUAAGAGAGAAAAGGGAAAAAAUUAAAGAGAUGAUGAAACAUGCCUGGGAUAACUAUAGGACAUAUGGGUGGGGACAUAAUGAACUCAGACCUAUUGCAAGGAAAGGACACUCCACUAACAUAUUUGGAAGUUCACAAAUGGGUGCUACUAUAGUAGAUGCUUUGGAUACCCUUUAUAUCAUGGGACUUCAUGCUGAAUUUCUAGAUGGGCAAAGAUGGAUUGAAGACAACCUUGAUUUCAGUGUGAAUUCAGAGGUGUCUGUGUUUGAAGUCAACAUUCGGUUUAUUGGAGGCCUGCUUGCAGCAUAUUACCUGUCAGGAGAGGAGAUAUUCAAGAUUAAAGCAGUACAAUUGGCUGAGAAACUCCUUCCUGCCUUUAACACACCUACUGGGAUUCCUUGGGCAAUGGUGAAUUUGAAAAGUGGAGUAGGGCGAAACUGGGGCUGGGCAUCUGCGGGUAGCAGCAUUCUGGCUGAAUUUGGGACACUGCAUAUGGAGUUCGUCCACCUCAGCUACUUGACAGGGGACCUGAUUUACUACAAAAAGGUUAUGCACAUUCGGAAACUACUUCAGAAAAUGGAUCGUCCAAAUGGUCUUUAUCCAAAUUAUUUGAACCCCAGAACGGGGCGCUGGGGUCAGUAUCAUACAUCUGUCGGCGGUUUGGGAGACAGUUUUUAUGAAUACUUACUGAAAGCAUGGUUGAUGUCAGAUAAAACAGACCAUGAGGCAAGAAAGAUGUAUGAUGAUGCCAUUGAGGCUAUAGAAAAACAUCUUAUUAAGAAGUCUCGUGGAGGUCUUAUCUUUAUUGGAGAAUGGAAGAAUGGGCACUUGGAAAAAAAGAUGGGGCAUUUGGCCUGCUUUGCUGGGGGAAUGUUUGCCCUAGGAGCAGAUGGUUCCAGAACAGAUAAAGCUGGUCAUUAUUUAGAGCUAGGGGCAGAAAUUGCACGUACUUGUCAUGAGUCAUAUGACAGAACUGCAUUAAAGCUAGGUCCUGAAUCAUUCAAGUUUGAUGGUGCAGUGGAGGCUGUGGCUGUCCGGCAAGCUGAAAAGUAUUAUAUCCUCCGUCCAGAAGUAAUUGAAACCUACUGGUACCUGUGGCGAUUCACUCACGAUCCAAGAUACAGGCAGUGGGGCUGGGAAGCAGCACUGGCCAUUGAAAAGUAUUGCCGAGUUAGUGGUGGAUUUUCUGGAGUCAAAGAUGUGUAUUCCUCUACUCCUACACAUGAUGAUGUACAGCAGAGCUUUUUUCUUGCUGAAACAUUAAAAUAUUUGUAUCUGCUGUUCUCCGGUGAUGACCUUUUACCUUUAGACCACUGGGUGUUUAAUACAGAGGCUCACCCUCUGCCUGUGUUACAUUUAGCCAACACCACACUUUCAGGUAAUCCUGCUGUUCGAUGAAAGCAGUUCCAGAAGGACCAUUCUCACCUGUGUUUUGUUUACAUGGACCACUACAGAAAUUCGUUUGCAGAGGCGGCUUUUGAAAACCUGGACCUCUCUGUCAACAUGACAGGGUGAAACUAUUCUCCCUAAGACUUUUCAACUUGUAGAUGUAUCAGCUUUGAAAUUAUUCCAUUUUAUACCUGACCAAAAACAUGUUCUGGUAUGUGUAGGACAGAGACCUGGAUGUGCUUCGAUUGGUAAUGAGGUGGUCUCAUGAGAAUUGAUGCCUGGUACUAUGGUAUUGGUUCUUUAGAGUCCUGAAGUCUGGAGGCUAGACUUCCUGAAAGCAAGCCAAGAAUAAAGAGCACCUUGCAGGAUUUAAAGAUGGCCUUUGGAACCAAUUAUACAUUUGUUUCCUCCUACAGUGGAGCAGCGUUCAAAUCAAAUAUUUACACAUUGCUUAUCCCUUUUUCUCCAUUUUAAUAAUGGAAUGAACUAAAAGAAACAAGAACGAAAGAGUAGUUUAACUGCAUCAGUAACAAGAAGACUCAAAAAAGAAACAGGAGUACCCAUCCCUAUCUGAAUUUUCAAGUUCCCCAUUGGAUGACCAGACUGGCAACCGUUUCAAAUCCUAAUCUAUUUCAUUGAAAUUUCUUGAUUACAUUUAAUUUUCUCUGGGGGCAUGAUCUCACAAAGAAUACUCUUCAAGUCUUUUUCUCCAUAUGGAAUCAUCGAAACUGAUAUUUAUCAUAAUCACCGCUUAGGAGCCUGAGUUUGGGAUUUUGUGCAUGUAGUUCAGUCUAAUGUUGGUAGCAUGAUAGAAAGUGGGGAAAAUGCCGCAGUUUGUUGCCUUGAAACCUAUUCUAAGAGAAAUCCUUUGUUUUGUUGGUACAUUAUUUUUUCCAGACGAUCACAUCUACCACGUAAAUUUUACCUACUUUAAUCUCAUAAUAAAGUUAAGAGAGUCACUCAACUUACUACUUUAUUUAUGUGGCUUGGCAAAAAAAAUCUCUAUACCAUUAGGCAGCUCUAAAUUUGCCUUGAUAAGCUAAAUUACUUUUAUAACUUACUAAAACAAAACAAACACAGUGAAACUUUCUUAUUCUAUCUGGAAUGGGGGGGUCUUUUAUUUAUAAUCUCAUCAGAUGAGUGAGUUGUUCACACAUAUUGUAUUUUUUUAAAUUUUCUCCAAGAAUAUUUAUGGAAAUAAAGAAUCAGAAUAGUUUCAAAAUUUUCAGUGAUAAAAGAGUGGUGUAAUUAAUCAUAUUACACUAAAAUUGGGAUACAUCUAAUGGACUUUAUCUUACUAUCAGUAGGUUUUGCAUUGCCAUUUCUUUUUAAAUAAACUACUAGUUCUUUAUAUUUUGGCAAAAAGAACUUAAAUUUUAUCAGAAACCAUAAGAUAAAUAUCUAGUGCUUAUAAAUUUUCUGUCCUUAAAUUUAUGUGACAUUGCAAGAUACAUUUUUGCUCUUUUCGUUUAAUAUAGACAUCUUCCAUUGACAUUAAUAAAAGAUAGAAACAGUAUAAUUAGUAUAAUAUUUACUCUGAAUUUGAAGAUUUCAUGAAACCAAGUUUGUACAAGAAGCCCACCUUGGAAUUCUGAAGGCUUAUUUUCUUGUUUGAUAGCAUUUGUUUUUAAAUUAGCUUUUAGAUAUAAGUUGGGAAAGGAUUUAAUUAAUAAUUAUUUUCUAAGGUAGAUCAUCUUAUACCACAAAUCAUUAAUUUUGACAGUUCUGCUGAUGAUCCAUAAAUGAUAACCACUGCAAAAUUUUUCAGUAUACAUAGAAAAUAAGGAUGCAGGGCCAGUUACAAUAGUCCUUAAGAGAGUUAAAUUAUAGCACAUGUUUUGACAUUGUAAUAUCUUUUACUACUUGAACAUUUAAAUUUCUACAUGAGAAGAUAUACAUAUUACUGUAACUGUAGAAGGGAAAAGGCAAAGUAUUUGGUUCUUAAAAAAACAGCCUUCCUCAUAAAAGUAGCACAAGCCCACUUAUGAAUCACUAAGAAAAACCAAAAAACUUGAAUUGGCAAAGACCCAGAGCAGCAGUGCAGAUGGAAUGAACUCUGAAUUUUCUUUCACCUUGUUUAGAAGAAUGCAGAGUUAAGGGACCUUCUUUGUUCCCCAGGAACUUCUCAAGGGAUAAGGAGACAGAACCCCUACUCCCAAGUGCCCUAUUUGUAUUACUUAGAUGACUAGAACUUAAGAGAAGGCAAGGAAGUAUACAAGCAGAGUCAGUUCUGGUACAAGCAAAGAAUUUGACAGGGACAAUGGAAGGGUCUUCUUCACCACUCCCUACCUUCUGUGUGAUGGAAAGACCAGAGCUUAUAAAAGUACUUCGAUUUUUUUCUUCUCCUGAAUACCAAAGGCAGUUAAAGUCAGCUACAAAUGACUUGGCAGUGUCAUGUUUUAUUUUUGUAAUAGAUUUUUAAAUUAUUUCCUUCAAGAUCAAUUCUCAUCCCAUAUAAUGCUUAGCUUCCAAGAGUAUUCUUUACUUCUGUCUUUUACAGCUCUUUACAUUUUGUAGACCUUAAUACUCAGGUUAAAUAUCCAUUGCAAUUUUAAGACCUUCUGCAAAGAACCCAGAUAUGGUCCUUUCCAGGUGCCUCUUCAAAGAGCUGACACCUUACCUGUGCCUUUGGUACAAAUGUGCAGAAUAGGUAGGUCAGUUGGUGCAUAAUAGAAAAAAAAAUGGGAAUUUUGAACACUCUUCUGUCUUCUACAUUUAUUUCUCUUCAUUUUAGAUUCACACUUUUUAUGUUAAACCAGAUUUUUUUUAUUCAAGCAGUAUUAAGUUGUUAAAACCAAGACAGUGGGGCCCUAACCAAAAAGAAGUCUCAACUCACAAAAAUAUGUGGUUUUUACUUUCUUGUGGGUUGCACAUUUUAUAUCUCUCUAACACCAACGUCUUCCUGACUUUAAGCAGAUGUUCGUAUGUAAAAGUAAAACCUGGGUAUCGAAGGAAUGCAUUCUUUUCAUGGAGUAUUGACCCUGAUCCUCUAUGAUGUCAUCUAGGGCAACUCAGGGCUAUACUUGCUAGAUUUUAACCAAGCAGUUUGAAAUCUUAUCCUCUCAUCCUCUCCACUCCCCAUUGCCAAAGUCUUUGUCAGAACUCCAAAUUUGUUGAUAAAAGAUUGUGUUUGCCAUUCUCAUUACAAUGCAGUUUCUCCUUAAGCCUGGAGCUUUUUGAAUAAGUGCUUUUUGAAUGAGUAAAUAAGAGGAUGAGUGAACAAACAUUAAUGAAGUAUCUAACAUGUGCCAAGCAUUGUGCCUGGCACUUCCAAUCAUUAUGAUGUUUUAUGUGAUUCCACAGCAUUUUCUGUAUGAGAGUAGUUCACAACAUUUUAAAUGUUUCCAAUAUGAAUCGUGUUACAAAAUUCUUAAUUUUAUAUUUCAUAUAAAUUAAAGAGGAAAAAGAAAAGGUUUAUAAUAUAUUUUAAAACAAUGUGUUACUAUAUACUAACAACUAUAAUUGUAGUUAAUAAGCAAAAUCUCUUGAACAUGUCAAAGAAAUAUUUGAUUUAUGAUGCAACUUUGACUAAAAUAUUUACUUUAGAAAUAAAAACAUUAUUUUGCUAUAUCAUUUUAAUUGCAUAAUUAAAAAGCAGUGUUUUAUAGAAAUGCUGGUUAUUUUAUAUUCAAAAAGAUGUUGCCACAUAAUUCAUGGGUAAACCUUACAGUUGUAAAUUGUCUUUGCUCUGAUAUGCGCCCUAUUAAUAGUCCCAUGCUGUUAAAUAUAAAGAAAAAUAUACUAAAAUAUUUCAAAGUUCCAAACAAGAGUUCCUAGUAAUAGUAUUUUGAGUUAUUUUUCUUUAGAAUUCCUUAUACGCAAAUUGGCUAGCUCCUAUCUUUUCCACUCUUUACAUAUAUAUAUGAUCUAUGUAUGUAUAUAAAUACAAUUAUACACAGGUAAAAUUUUAAUACUUUUUGUUAAUAAACACAGCUGAAAACUGGUUUUGGCCGCACAAAUUAUAAGAAGAAUAUUUGAGUAACUGUAUAUGAUAUGGAGCUAUUUUAAUCCAUUUAUUCUGGGUCAAUAACACUGUUAAAGAUGCUUUUCUGUUACUUUGGCUCAUUCAGAUCAUGAGAUGCUCUUUUUGAUCUGUAACUGAUCAGCAAGCUUCCAGAUAAUAUUUUAGGCUAUGGGAGUUAAACAGUCUCUCUUAUUACUCAUUUCUGCUGUUGAAGUGUUGAAAACAGGUAUAGCUACUAUGUAAAGAAUGGGUGUAGCUGUGUUCCAGGAAAACUUUAUUUACAAAAGCAGAUGGAGGGCUGGAUUUGGCCCAUGGGUCAUAGUUGGUGACCCUAAUCCCAAGUUUAGUUUGUGUUAGACCCUCUAACCUUUGAUCUAUGUGUUUUCUCCCUGUUUUGACUUGCACAAUUCAUUUUUAAAUCAAAAAGAUGUGUGUAUGUAUGAUUGUGUAUAUUUGUAUAACCUAAAACUAUAUAUUUUGUUGUCUUGAAAGUAGAUUCACUCCUCCUGGAGUCUGUUCAGGUUUCAGGAUGAUUAACUAUAAUGAAAGAGGCAGAAUGGGGUUAGGGAAGGUGGGUCUGCUAUCAGCCAUUAUCUUCUCCUUGUUAUUUAAUGCCGUAAUUUCAGAUCUCUGUGUAAAAGGAAGGUCUGUGUAUUGUCAAAAUACUUAUUCUCCAAGUUCUGCUCCUUGGCCCUUGGACUGGGAUUCUGGAUUGCUGGAGCUGCAGAAAUUCAUCCACUUGGGUACUCUUAGAGCUCUACAACAAGAAUGUGAUAAAAUGUCUGAUCUUUGUGCUGCAGAAAGCAAACUUUUGAAGAAUUCUAAGCAAUAGAAAAUGGGUUAUGUGACUCAUCUAUUUGGCAGCCACCAUCCCUUUUUAGACUGCAGAACGGUACUGCCCCUGUUACCUCUAGAAUAGCCUGAAUCUGAUGAGUACAGAGAAAAGAUGUAUCCAAAAGGAGAAUCCCUUUCUCUUGCAUAACUCUCCUCAAUUCCUUUACAAGUCAGUAGCAUUAUUUCAGAAGUUGAUAUGCAUCAUUUUUCAACUAAAGCAUACCUCAUCCUUAAACUUCCACUAUUUAACAGCUAAUCCAUUUCAAACUUGGUUUGAGCCCAGUAAUUGCAGAACUCAUAAAAUUGCUCAUGAAAUUACACACCACAUUACUAGCAUAUACAUUGCAGUGCACCAGUCAUACUAAUAGAUAAUAGAGUUUUCUUUAAGAAGUUUAUAUUUUACUAUUUGGGGAAAUUUUAGAGGAGGGGAAGCCUGUAUUCAGAAUGAUAGAGGGGCGGAGACUUACUGUCUCUCUUCCACAUUGUAAAUGAGCUGCCUUUCCAGGUCCAACAUGCUGUAAGGUUGCUUCGGCUCAGUGUGAAUGUAAUUGUGGGAACUCAAACACAUACACCCAUACCCACACAUAUUAAUAUGCAGAGGAUUUUAAAUAAUUGCAAAUGUCUUGUGGUUAUUUGAUUUCUACAGAAUUCUACUGCAAGGUGUAUACCGGAAAACAUAAUAAAGAUAAGCUUGGUUCUUCAUUGGGAAAAAAUAUUUUUAAAGAAAAUUCAGAAAUUUUUGCUGACCGAAAGUAUCUUCAAUUUUAAUUACUGGAUUUGGAGGUUGAAAUGCCAUCCUUCAAUCUCACUGGUUUCAAAUUCAUUGAUAGAUUUUUUUUUCCUAAACUAGUAAGCGGGGCAACUAAUAGCCUCCUAAAUUGGUACCCACUGGCUGCUCCUGAACUGGUUUCCAGUCAUGUCCUCUAGUAUGUGAUUUUUACAAAUUAAAGGUAAUAUUGUAUAUUGAAGUUCAAAUAAAGAUGUUCUUUAAGUGAAAA